AUGUUCGGUCCUUAAACUAAUGAUCUCAAAGAGUAAGAAGAAGGUUAAAACUAAAAAAGUUUGCUUCCUUCUGGAUAUCAAUCUCCUAAAUUGAACCUAACCUCGAGACUUAGGGUGUAUAUGAGUUAAUACGAGAGACAAAUAAUAAGAUCUUUAUUAAGUUCAAAUAUUUAGAAAAUUCCUCUUGAAAAUAGCAACACAUAUUUAGUAAAUUAUGAUUCAGAGGUGUCAAUAUUUAAAAUUUAAGGAGAUCAAAUCAAAAGAUCAUUAUAACCAAGUACGUUUGCCUCAUUUGUGAAAAUAUAUUCAAAUACAAUGCUUCCAAAAAGAAUAAAGAGUUAUCUGAUAGACAGAAAUAACAUUAUAUAUCAAUAUGAAAUUGAUUAUAUGAAAGGGGAAAUUCCUUCUUUUAGAAAUUAUAAACAUGAAAUAAAUACAGCUUUAAGUUUAGAAAGUUACAUCUUCUUAUCAUGUAUUGUAAGUCAAGACGGCUUCUUACUUGUGAUGGUGUCUGAUACUAAAAUUUUCUUUUUAAAUCUAAGAGAUGGGGUUUAUCAUGAGAUAAAAAACCCUCUUAACAUUAACUAAUUUCCUUUAGAAUUCAAUUUCGAUAAGAAAGUUCAUUUAGAACUGGACCCAACGAAAACGUGCUUUAUCAUGGCUCAUGAAUCUACGGUUGUUAUUUAUAAUAACUUUGAUAAAAUCAAAUAGUUUGAGCUCAAAAAAUAGUAAACAAUAUUAAAUAUUAAAUUAUUUGGUAAUUAACUUAUAAUACUGACAAAUUUAGCCAUAAUAAAGAUUGAUAAUGUGUUUAAUAAAUAUAUUCAAUUGAAAGAGGAAGAUUACUUUUAUCUAUAAAAUUUUGAAUAACAAGAAAAUCAAGAAAGUUAUAUAAAUUAUGGAACAUUUGAGAUUGAAAAUCAAGAGAUUAAGUCAGUUAUCAUUUAUGAUAGCAAUAAAAAAUUUUAUUUAAUUGAAAUGUAAAGUAUAUAAUAGGGAUAAUUGAUUAUUAAGGAAUUAAAAACAUAAUUUGAUGAAGAUGAGAAAAUAGAGAUGAUAGAAGUCGAAAGGAUCACCUUACAAUCAAUAGUAUUGAGAAUUUUUUAUUUCAAAAAGAAUCAUGAGCUUGGUUAUUUUGAAUAUUAAGGAAGUCUUUGA